CUGAGGCGGAGUAGGAUGAGGCCCGCGGCCGCAGCUCCAGCGUCGGCGGGGGCAGCAGCUGAGACAGCAGCUGAGGCAGCCGCGGCGGCCGCGCCCCCCCCCUCCUGACCUGGAUUAGGUCCAGCAGCUCCGUGGCCGCCGCCGCCCCGCGGGGGGGCGGGGUGGGGAAGUGCCUCGUCUCCCCGCCCCACCCCCCCAUCACCGCCUUUGCAAGAGGCAACUGCCGCGCGACCCUAGUGGAGCCCGCGGCCCAGGCUUGAGCCCCCCACUCCCGGCGACUGGCAUGAGCGGCCCCUCGGCGGCGCCGGGGGGCGGGGGAGUCGCCGCCGCCUGAAUCCCGGCCUGCCGCCGAACCCCGCCUCGCAGACCGAGGCAGACCGCGGAGCGUGCGAACGACCCCGCCACUCCUUUCUUCCUCCCCCAGAUCACACACCCCAGCCCCGGAAGAUGGGGAACUGCCUCAAAUCCCCCACCUCAGAUGACAUCUCCCUGCUUCACGAGUCUCAGUCUGACCGGGCUAGCUUUGGCGAGGGGACGGAGCCGGAUCAGGAGCCGCCGCCGCCAUAUCAGGAACAAGUUCCAGUUCCAGUCUAUCAUCCAACACCUAGCCAGACUCGACUUGCAACACAGCUGACUGAAGAGGAACAAAUUAGGAUAGCUCAAAGAAUAGGCCUUAUACAGCAUCUGCCUAAAGGAGUUUAUGACCCUGGAAGAGAUGGAUCAGAAAAAAAGAUUCGGGAGUGUGUGAUCUGUAUGAUGGACUUUGUUUAUGGGGACCCAAUUCGAUUUCUGCCGUGCAUGCACAUCUAUCACCUGGACUGUAUAGAUGACUGGUUGAUGAGAUCCUUCACGUGCCCCUCCUGCAUGGAGCCAGUUGAUGCAGCACUGCUUUCGUCCUAUGAGACUAAUUGAGCCAGGGUCUCUCCUCUGACACUUCAAGUGAACCAUCAGUUUUCGGUGGUUUUGAUCUUUUGUCACUGAGCCCAAAGAGCCAGGGAUUAGGAAUUAAGAUCAUGCACAAAAGUUUCCUAAGAAUUCCUGAAUGGCUGCAGAUGUUGAGGGAAAGUACGUGAUAUUUUAGAAAUUUAGGGGGAAAAGUAGGAUGGUAUUUUUAUGUAAAGCCUUGACCCAGUGUUUAAAAUAUAUAAUUGUAUUUAGAUCUUGUUAUUGCUCCAGUACAUAGGAAUUGUGUAAAGUGUUACAGCAUCUGUAUAUGUUUAAAUUGUGUGUGUUGAAGAUUUAAUUAGGAAAAAGAUAGUGGUUAUUUUUCCUAAAUGAAAUAAUUCUUCCCUUACUUCCCCCCAACUCUAAUUCUUUUCUGAAAUUGCUGGCAUUUGGGUCAAGGUUUUAUUAAAAGCUACAUUUUAUAACACUGGCACAAAAAAAAAAGUAGUUUUAAGCUUGUUUGCACAGUUCUUUUUUUCCAUUGGAAAUGGAAUCCAUUGCCUUAGGUCUUUUUAAAUAGUAUAUUAUUAUCGUUGGGGCUGGCUCUAUGCUUGAAAACCAGUUUAUUUAUAACCUGUUUAAAGUGCUACAUUCUGUUUGCAGUUAGGAAAUGCAGAAUUCAAAGUGAUCUCCUAGCUUCUAAGCAAACUGAGAUGCACUAUCCCUUUUCUAUAAAAAAUGAGUUAAUGUGUCAAGAAAACCAAUUGUAGUAAAGUGGGGUUUCAUAUUACCCUUUCUCCUAUGUGCUUUAUCUAAUUAUUUUGGUUGUUAAUAUGGUGACAAUUAAAAGUCAUGGUAAAUUUUAAAUGUUAAGAUUUCUGAUUUAUGAGCUUGAAUUACACCACCAUGCUAAUGUAAAAAUUAAAGUGGCAUGGGGUGAACUUAAAGAGAAAAAAAAUGUUCCUCGGUGAUAACAAUUUUGAUUUAUUCUUUUCCCUGUGCCCUUCCUCCCUGUUGUCUUGAACCAUAGCAAAAGGAUACUGCAUCUCUCAUUACUGUAGUACUGAAGUUAUAUAAAACACAUCUCAGUCUGUUUCUUGAAAAGGUAUCUGUUAAGUCCUGCUAGCUGACUGACAGACAAAUGUCAUAUAUAGGCAGAGAAAAUUAAGAUCAAUGUAUUUCAUGUUUUGCACACAAAUGCAGAGUUUGUAUAACCACAGACUUCAUAGUUGUGAUCUCAGAAAAGAAGGAAUUCCACCUUUAUCUUUUCUUGGAGUUAAUGUUAGAAUACUCUGAAUCUCUAAGCUUUUGAAGCAUUUUCAAUAGCGAUGGUCUAGUAAAGAUGUAGUAGUAAUGUUUUAUCCAUUUAGCAUGUGUUUAUUUUUCCUUAUGUACUCUCAAAGGUGUUUUAUUUGUUCAGCUCAAUGAUAUUACAGCUGAAAAAAAUCAUUCAUUAGCAAAAGGAGAAGCAGUCUCAACAAUCAAAUCAGAAAUUUAUCUUAUUGAUUAUUUUAUAUUGAGUUGAAUAUUUGACUCUUAACACUUUUCUACAUACAAAACAAGUAUCUUGAAGGUUCUUCAUAAUUGCAUUAUAGAGGAAUUCGGUAUGUCAUAAGUACUUUCUUAAGAUUUGACAUUUGACUGUAGUAUCAUAUGUUGGUUAAUUUCUUUUGAGCCCCAUGAUGGAAUGACUUAAAGAUUAAAUUGAGAAAAGUUGAAAGAGAUUAGAAUAUCAGGUUCUGUUAAAUUGUUAUAUGUAUCUUGCUUCUUAAGUUUUUGUUCAUUAAUUUAUAUCCACCCAAUUACAUAAAGCAAAUUUAGAUGAAACACCUGAAGUUGUGCAAUAUUUUCAGUAAUAAUACACUUUUAUCAUUGUGUUUUCUAUUUAAACAUGAUCUCUCUGUCAUCAAGUGUCAUAGCCAGACUUUCUUUUUUUCUAGAUUGUUAAACUUGGUAAAUGAACUUUUUAACAAAAAAUCA